GACUGCGCGCCGUGGGGCUUCCGCGGCGGCCGUUGGCCGUUAGCGCGGCUUGGGUGGUUGUCUUGGAGAAGAAAGAUGGCGGCGACUACGGCCGCAGUGGUGGCCGAGGAGGACACGGAGCUGCGGGACCUGCUGGUACAGACGCUGGAGAACAGCGGCGUCCUGAACCGCAUCAAGGCUGAACUCAGAGCGGCUGUGUUUUUAGCACUAGAAGAACAAGAAAAGGUAGAGAAUAAAACUCCUUUGGUCAAUGAGAGCUUGAAAAAGUUUUUAAAUACAAGAGAUGGUCGUUUAGUGGCAAGUCUCGUCGCAGAAUUUCUUCAGUUUUUUAACCUUGACUUCACCUUGGCCGUUUUCCACCCUGAAACUAGCACAGUUCAAGGUCUUGAAGGUCGAGAGAACUUAGCCCGAGAUUUAGGUAUCAUUGAAGCAGAAGGUACUGUGGGUGGACCCUUAUUAUUAGAAGUGAUUAGACGUUGUCAACAGAAAGAAAAAGGACCUGCCAAUAGGGAAGGUGCUCUGGAUCGAUCUGAUGGACAUCCUCCCUCAAAGUCACCUGAAGCAAAAACAAGCGUAAACUCCAUCCCAAGUAAGAUACCAAGGUAUAAAGGACAAGGUAAGAAGAAGACAAGCGGGCAGAAGUCUGGUGACAAGAAGACCAGCAGUGAGACCAGUCAGAGUGAGCCAAGUAUCUCCUUGUCAGAACCCAAAAGUAAAAGCAGCCUGCACUCAGUGGCCCAUGAAACAAGAAUUGCAUCUUUCUUAAGCAGCAGCGCUUUAGAUGCCAAAGAAAAAAGUGCUCUUUGUGCAGAUGAAGAUGAUGGGGAAGGAGAUUCUUUCUUUGAUGAUCCCAUUCCUAAACCAGAAAAAACUUACGGUUGGAGAAGUGAACCUAGGAAGCACGUGGGAAGUCUGGCCUCACUUUCUGACAAAGCCCCCUUACGGAGUGGCCUCAGCUCCCUGGCAGGAGCCCCUUCAUUAACAGAUAAUGAGAGUAAAAGGGGAAGCACAGUCCUGAAGGAUCUGAAAUUGGUUGGCGAGAAAAUUGGAUCACUUGGACUAGGGACUGGAGAAGAGGAAGACUAUGUUGAUGAUUUUAAUAGUGCCAGCCAUCGCUCAGAAAAAAGUGAGCUAAGUAUUGGUGAAGAAAUCGAAGAAGACCUCUCCGUGGGAGUAGAUGAUGGCAACACCAGUGAUAAGCUCGAUGACCUCACACAAGACUUAACUGUUUCCCAGCUCAGCGAUGUUGCUGAUUACCUGGAAGAUGUUGCAUAGACUGGAAAAGGAAGUAUUCUGAUCAACAAAGGACAAAGGGCUCAUCAGCUCCAUUUUCCUCAGACAGUCACUCUUGCUGGAAUGUCCACUCCUGCUGGUGCCUUGCAUUUCAAAAAGUCUUCAAAAAGACUGCAGAUAUUUUUAAAAGUUAACUUUUCAGUUUAGUAAACAAAAUACUUCCUAUAUGAGUCCCUGUCUAGGAGAGUUGAUAUUCUUAAUUUGGUUUAGCUGCACAUCUCCAAGGAAACCAUCUGUAGUCAGGCUUAUUAAGGCAAGGGAACCCCUGAAACAUCAGUGUUAAAGAGCAUAAAGAGGGAUCAGUACAGCCACAGUUUGUGCCACUGUGUGUCUGUGGCUGCUACAGGGAUCUCUGGACCCUUAGCACUCGCCAUCAGAAGCUCACCCCAAAGCUGGUGAACUGACCUGGUAAAUCCAUGAUGCCGAAGAGUAUCAGUACAAGUUAAAUUGGAUAUAUGAACUUUAUUUUGUAUUUCCUUCCAUUUGGAAGGUUUGUUAGACCAUUAAGGUUAUAUUAAAGUACUCUGUGCUGUUAGUUUUGCUUGUUUUAAACUAGAAAUGGUUAGUACUCUUAAUUCAUAGACUUGUCAAUAACAGUUAACAUUUCAGGUCAUGUUCUUCCUGCUGUCUGUAAGCAGCUGUAAACACAGAUUACUUCAUUACAGUCUUAAUUUAUUAUUUCUAAAGAUGCCUUGAAACAUUCAGUACCAAAAUGCAUCUGAAACCAUUAAGCAGUGCUUUUAUUUCAGAUAUGUAAGUUGAUUAUAUUUAAAUCCAAAUUGGAAUGAAACAGUAGUAAUGGCCUAAGACCAUGUAUAUUCUGUUUGACAAACUUUGUAUACUGUACAUAAUUGCAUUGUACUCCUUUAAAAAUAGAGCCAAUAGUAGAAUUUCGGGCAGGUUUAAUUUUCACUGUUGUAUGUAGUUCUGCAGGGAUAUAGGCCACUGGCAUUUGUAACGCUAAAGUAUUUAAAAUGUGCAAGUAGGAAACUCAGCCCAAUGCAUGCACGGUAAACCGCAAAAAAUUGGGAGUGUGAAACUGUGAUGCAUUUUCUUUAAAUUAUGACUAUGAAAAGUUACCUUUGUUAAUAAAAAGAGAAAUUGGAAAUCAUUGUCCAUGUUGAGUGAGAGAGCAGGUGCUGUGGUUUCCAUCAGCGCCACUGUCCAUUCCAUAGUUAGCUGCCUGAGGAGUGCAGUAACAGUUACCAGGCCGUGAGUGUAGAGGAAAUGAAAAUGUAGUGAAGAGUCAGGCUCUCUGACAAUAGAAUCUGGCUUUAUAAAACUUAAGUGAAACUGAGCUAUAAUCAUCAAGAGGAAGUAGGACAGAAAAUGGGCCAAGCGGCCUAGAGGCCCUGUGUAUUUACGUCUUCAGUCUGCCCCUCCCCAACAUGGUGCUGUCUGUUUUUCAUGCUGUACUCUUAGAAGCAGCACUGUCUGAAGACACCGCUAGCUAGAGACUGCAUGAACUUUGUGAAAGCACUGGCUCUGGUGACCCUCUGGAGUCUGGAUCACACGUGUGAUUUAAUAUUUGGCAGGCACUUCAAGUGUGGGAACUGAGCUGUGAACAUGGCAGGAUGUGGUUUUUUUAUAUUUGAGGGAGACUUUCCAACAGUCAGAUGUGAAAUUUGUCACUUUCUAUUAACCAGUUGCUGACCUUUUGGUCAUUCUUGAGAGGUUGGAGAGAAAAAGCCAGGCUGCAACUUUGUGGUCAGCACUGCAUACAGGUAUUGAAUAAUUCUGAAUAAUGUGAGACUCAACAAGGAGGAAGUUGUUUCCACUGUGUUCCUUGCUUAGGUAUUGUCAAACCUUAGUGUGUGAAAUGACAGAUUCUGCAUGUAAUAAUGUUUAUUUUUAAAGUAAAUUAAAAUGUUGGUCAGUGGUAA